AUGGAGGCCAAAAAGACACAGCUCAUUCUUUGGUCUGUCAACUUGGCCAUGACGAGUCAGGCACUCUUUCGCAUCUCACCUCGGUUCUUUGGCCAAUAUCAACUGCAUCGACCAACACAGCUAGUGAAUGGGCAAACGAUCAAGCAAGAUAGUAUACGAUCGCGUAUCCUUCUAAAGACUAUUCGGUCCAUAUUUCGUAAAAACACAAUGUUAGAGUUGCUUCAGCAAUGCCACCUUGACCAGUGUACUGACAAAUCUCACCUUCAACUGAAACUUGUGGCCUCUGACGGUGCAACCAAGACACACUCGUUAUGGUAUGGAGAGACAGACCCUGCAAAGGCUUUGUACACUAAGGAAACACAACAUCGAUUCUCGAUUGAUCCCGGUUAUUUUAUCGAUUACCUUCAAUGUUUUCAUCCUCGAGUGACCGAUGUGGCCAUUGAAUGUACGCCUGAUGCUGUCAAGUUAAAGUCUUAUUGGAACGAAGGGGUAUCAUCAUCAAAUGAUCGGCCUAUGCACAGCGAAUUCACUAUCAACAGCUGUGAUUUUUCAAGCUAUAUUAUUCGAAGGAAUGUCCAACUGGCUUUUGGUUUGAAAGAGUUCAAGACUGCACUCAAUUAUGCGAUGGAAACAAAGGGGCUUAUAUCUGCGUAUUUCGAUGAACCUGGGAAACCCAUUGUGUUCACUGCCGAAGUUCCUGGAUCAAUCAUUGCAGACUUUGCAUUAGUUACCAAAGCGGAAGAAUCUGUGCCUACACAAACGUCGGCUAAUCACAGUGGCAUCAGUUAUGGCUCUCGAACUGGAUACCGAUAG